CCAUACUGCGAACGUCAGUGCUGCGACGCUCUCCCUCCGGCCGGCUGGCCAGUGAAUCAGUGCGUUCCCGAUCCGGGGUUCAGCAGCAGGAGCUGGGGGACGGCAGACAGGAAGUCUGACUACCGACUUCUGCUGAACUCAUCAACUCCUGCUAAAAUGCCGGUGAAAAAAAAGAGAAAAGCUUCCUCCGCCGAAGAAAUGAACUUAAAAAAAUGUAGAAUAACAAGUUAUUGCAGAUCUCAAGCACCAGCUAGAAUAAUAGGUGGAGAAGAUCUGUUCUCUAGCAAGAAAUGUCUGUCCUGGUUUUAUGAAUAUGCAGGGCCAGAUGAAAUUGUUGGGCCUGAAGCCAUGGAAAAGUUUUGUGAAGACAUUGGGGUUGAACCUGAAAAUAUAAUCAUGUUGGUUCUGGCCUGGAAACUAGAGGCUGAAAACAUGGGCUUUUUUACGAAGGAGGAAUGGUUAAAAGGAAUGACAUCUUUACAAUGUGACUGCACAGAGAAGCUACAGAGUAAAUUUGAUUAUCUACGCGCUCAACUCAAUGAUAUCACUGCUUUUAAGAAUAUUUACAGAUAUGCUUUUGAUUUUGCAAGGGACAAGGACCAGAGAAGUCUUGAUAUUGACACCGCAAAGUCUAUGUUGGCAUUGCUACUAGGUAGAACAUGGCCGCUAUUCUCAGUAUUUUAUCAGUAUUUGGAGCAAUCAAAGUACAGAGUUAUGAACAAAGACCAGUGGUACAAUGUCUUAGAAUUCAGCCGAACCGUGCAUGCUGAUCUUGGCAACUAUGAUGAAGAUGGCGCAUGGCCUGUUCUCCUUGAUGAGUUUGUUGAAUGGCAAAAAGUACGUCAAACUUUAUAGCAAGAUCUAAUCUGGAGUAAUCACAAACUUUCAGAAUGCCCUCCAAGUUGAGACGUGUCUUGAAGAUUACCUUUCCAUCUUUGCAGAAGGCUUUCUUGUUUUUUAUGAUUUUUUUAUUUUAUUUUAUUUUUUUCAAAUUUUGGGAUGGAAGUUUUCUGGUUACAUGUCAUGUUAGCAGAGAUUGGAUUCGGCAUCUGCAUCAGACUGAAAUAUGAAGUCGGUCAUUGUUUUAAGUCUAAUGAUGUUUACACACGUACCAAGUUUAGAUUUGCUAUGGCCUAAAAACUGAAGAUCUGAAAUCCUUUAAAAAUGUUAUUAUUUUUUAUUUUAUUUUUUAAAGCCACUGAUUUCAAACCGUCGCUGGCCACUGUUACUACUCACUACUCCUCGAUGUUUCCUCCACGCGUAUGUUUGUUUGAGCAGAUAUUUAGAUUAUAUUUAUGAUGAAAGUGUUUCCUUGGUUGGACCGGCUCCGUUUUCCCCCCGUAGUACUUAUGCCAUACUGUUUGCCGAAUGGUUUCAAGCUCUUGAUUUCCCCGAGCUUUAAAAAAAAAAUUGUGCAAAUAUCUUGUAACUAUGAAAUUAUGAUGUUCACUUUUACAUUUUUGUCUAGUUGCAGAGUUAAAAAUGCAGUUUGUAGAAAAGUUUUCAGACCUACCUGUUUGGAGAUGAGGACAAGGCUAGGCAAGGAAAUUCGAAUUAUGGGGUAGUUGGUGAUAGAAAGACAGGGCAUAGUGUUUGAGCAAAGAAAAAAUUAUUUGUUUAUUUUUGUUCACCAAUUUUUGUAUGCUGCUUUGAAAAGCUAAAUCGCAUGUGUGUCUAUUACCGAUGUUUAUUAUUUAUGUAUCAUAAGUAACACCUUCUCCUAUAUUGGAAGCUAUUCAAUUAAACUGCUGUUCUUUUUGUUUUUGGUUUUGUUUCAUGUUUUGAAAUACAAAGCUUCUUCACAGUUUAUCUGUUCAUUUAUAAGCAACUACCAACUGUUAUAAGCAACUACCAACUGUUAGAAGUGUUGGAAGCAACAAAAUUACCCCUACCAUCUCUCGGUCUUCACUAAAUUGCAUUGUGUAGAUAUAACAAAAGGAUCUUUUAUGCCACAGUAACAUAACUCAAAAAGAAAAACAAAAGUUGGGGAAAAGAAGUUUCCUGUUGGGCAAUUUUGUCCUGAAAUUUGCAAUUCCUAAUCCCACCACUCUAUGUAGUGAUUAACCACAUUUAUUUUUUUUUUUUUAUAUAUAUCAGUCAGAUAUUUGCUGACCCACUAAAAAGCUGUACUCUAUAAACAAUUUUAGUUGUUUGACCAAAUGUCAGAAAAAGCCUAAAACUGAUGGGGUUCUGGCCCUCCAAUACACGUGCCUGCCCCCACCCUGUUAGAGUUUUCCAUGCUGUAAGCAUAUUGAAAAAAAUAUUUUGAAAUCUAAAAAUCUGGUGUUUGUAGAAGACUUGGUGACAACAUUUUCUAUGACAUUUCUGUGGAGUUUUUUUACAUUUAUUAUUCUUGGGGUAUGGAAUUAAUAAUUAUAAUGCCCACUUAAGUAGAGUAUAUGAUAUCCUGUACACCACCACCAUUGAAUCAGACAUUGUUUGGACUCUGCCAUACUAAUGGCUUCAUCUUUACAUUAUGCCAGCAGAUCGAUAAGCAGAGGUUUUGCAAAUGUUAGGGACAAUUAUUUUUCUUUACUUCUGGUUCCAGCUCUGGAGGAUUAGGUUACUUUGCUGCGCUCAACUAUAUUGCAUGCCGUAUUUAAUUCUGCAUUCCUGAACAAAUCAUAGCAGAGGCCAAGUAAUGUGUAUGAAUGUGGUGUGUUGGUCCGAAAGUGGCUGUGACAUUGUCUGGGCCUAUCUGGCUGGUCCCUCCUGGGGCAAACCAUGUACAGAGCACGAUUUAAGCGUAUUGCUCAUAGGCUGUGGCUCAGAAGUUACUCUGUGCAGUGCAAAUGCAACUAACGAUGCUCUCCUGCUAAACUGAAUGGGGAUCAGGGAAUGAACUCUGAAUGACAUUACAGAUCUCAAGGUUUUGAAUGAAUCUACAAAACGUACAACAGUUUGACGGUUGUAGGUGUGUACAUGACUAUUUUCCAUUAAUUCUUGCAGCAAGCUCUUUAUUCUUGCCCAGUUAAUUUUGCUAUAUAUUUUUUUUUCUGCAAAUACAUAUAUACCCAUUUUAGUUGAUUGCACAACGUAUACGUUAAAUUGGUUGCAUUAAGAGUACUUUUAAAGUUCUCAACCGAUAUUACAAAGGUCCCUGUUUAUCUAGAAGGCAACCUUCAGUGCUCCAGGUGUUGUGAACUACAUCUCCCAUGAUGCUCUUAAAGCUAUAAUACUGAUAAAGCAUCAGGGGAAAUUUAGUUCACAACAUCUGGAGGGCCAGAGGUUAAAGUCCUGCACUCGGAGCAAUCUUCUGAAACAUUAUAUUGCUCCAAAACCAGCUUUUGGCUCUGGAAGAAUUGUCUCAAUUUGGAUAUAUUUAGCAAGGAAAUAUACUGUGUUUUUUAUCUUAAUAAAAAUCAUUUUUCCUGCAGCUCUUCAUUGUGGCUUACAUUAUUUAGCCCUUUUCUAAAUUGUGUUGCAGAUCUUCAAGGAAAAUUGCUAAUUUGCCAAAGCAUUCUACUAAUGCCUCAAAUAAGUAAAAUAAAUGUUUAUUUAUUAGUAGGGGAGGACAUUCAAUGAAAUGGAAAACAUAUAUGACGUAAUGUUUUUGAAGGGAAAAAGGUAUAAAAUUAACUACUUUUUUAAGUUUAUUGCGCAAUUGAUUUAGUCUUUUUGUCAUGUUGAUUAUUCAGCUGUUUGUUCCAAAUUACAAGCCACAUUAAAUAUUUUUGUUCUUUUGAAA